ACUUGGAAGGGGGAGAGGUUUUUGUUUGAGAGCAGCAGAGAGGUUCCUGGCUUUGUCCUUUUAAAGCCUCAUUUCUUGUACACAUUUGAAAAAACAUUAAGAUUGAGAAAAGAGGUAGAUAGUGUCUUGAGAGAAGAAGAGUGGAGGAUGUUGGAAGGAAAAGCUAUGAUAGAAGACACAGACAUGCCAGUAAAGAUGCAAGUCCAAGCUAUGGCUUCUGCCUCUCAAGCUUUGGAUCUCUAUGAUGUCUUUGACUGCAGAUCCAUUGCUGCCCACAUCAAAAAGGAUUUUGACAAGACACAUGGGUGUGGAUGGCAGUGCGUGGUGGGUUCAAAUUUUGGGUGUUUCUUCACUCAUUCUGAAGGAACUUUCAUCUACUUUAAAUUGGAAACUCUCAAUUUUCUCAUCUUCAAAGGGGCUGCCUCCUCCUCUCCCUGAUGCCAAGGCAGUGUUUGGUUGUAAAGAAAGUUGGACAGAAGAGGAGGAAAAAGUAGUGACACUACAUUUUCCAUGUCUUUUUUCUACAACGUGUGGUUUGUUGAAAAGAAGAAAGAGGAGGAGAAGAGAAAAUAACAGAAAUAAUAGGGAUAAAAUUAGUAUAGUAUGGACGUGGCCACAUGGAGACUUUUGGAUUUUCCCGUUGUUGAGGUCCUUGUAAUGCUUGUUGGGGGCAUUUAGCAAUGUACCAUUUUUGUACAUAGCUUAGUUGGCAUGAUGUUUAUCUUCUUUAAAUUAUUCCUUCCCUUGUCUUGAAUGAUUGUUGGGUUGAUGAGAAGAACACAAUGAAAUUAAAUUAAAAGAUUAAAUUCAAGAUUUAAAA